AUGAGAUUUAAAAUCUUUUCAUCAGUUGGUGGGGCUUCCUCAACAGAAAUAUCGAUAACAGUUAAUCCUAAUCUCUUGGAACUAGCAAAAUCAUCCGAAACUACAACAAUCCAAUCGAGUUCAAUCGAUGCCAAAGAAACUUCAGCUAUUCCAGCUACUGAGUCAACUGAUACGAAACAAAACUUGACAGAUAAAUCUGAAGAUAACCCACAAAAUGCAAAUAAAACCGAGGCAAUCGCUACCAUGCCUGAUGGAUUUAAUUUGGAUCAAUUUGUGCAAAUUCUCAGAGCUAAUUUGAAACAAAAUAUGUGUAUCUCAAUACAACAAAAUGACACAUCGAGAAUGAAACGUCAUUCAAAGAGUGUAGAGAAUUUUUGCUAUAUUCUUGAAAAUCAUCUUUCGAUUUCAAAGGAUGAACAACACAUUUUACGUGGUCUGAUUAAUUUGGGUUUUACUUUUAAUGAUAUUAAUUCGAAAGAAUCCAUUGAAUUUCUUAAGAAAAUUCUCAAUGAAAGAAUUAUUUUAAUUCUUUCAAAAUCUAGUAUGGAAAAUUUAUCGAAAAAUAUUCAAGAUGAACCUCUACUUUGUGCGAUUUAUGUUAUUGAUUCAUCGGAGAAAUGUUCAUUUGAUUCAAAGUUGUAUCGAGGAUCUUUUCCGAAUAUGAACAAAUUUUGUGAGCAAUUAGAAAACGAUCUUCAAUUAUUCACAUAUGAUUUAACAAGCAUUUGCUCGAUUCCUGCAGAUUAUACUGGAAUGAGUACGUUGAAUUAUGUUCAAGCAUUAAAAGAUAUUAUCUUAGAGCCCGAUGAAAAAAGAGACUUGAAAAAAGAAAUGAUCGAUUUCUGUCGUGAAGAAUAUGCUAAUAAUAUUAUUCAAUUAAAACUGAUUGAUGAAUUUGAAAAAAAUUUUCAACCAGAUGAUGCUAUUCAUUGGUAUUUACGGCACGAAGCAUUUUUGCAUAAAAUGAUCACACGAGCAUUUCGAGUUUUAGAUCCGGAUAUUUUAUUUAAACUUCGAUAUUUUAUUCAACAUCUUCAUUCCAAAUUGAAGUCUUCUAUUAAUACAAAUUCAUUGACUGUCUAUCGAACACUUCGAAUUCGAAAAGAUCUUUUCGAUAAAAUGAAAAGAAAUCAAGGCGCAUUAUUAUCAUUUAAUGAAUUUCUUUUGGUCAAUAAAAACAAGGCAACAAUUGAACCUUGUCCGAUGAACAUUGAUUCGAAAUUGGUUCAUUUUGAAAUUGUUUUAGGAACUGGUCUUUCUAUAUGUGAUGUUCCAACAAAACCCAAUGAAUUUAUUCUAAAUGUUGGAAUAAUAUUCCGUAUUGAUAAACUUGAAUCAAUUGAUGAAGAAACAUUUGCUGUAAAAUUAACGACUAAUGAUGAAAUUCUUAAAGCUGGUCAACUAAUAGCCAAAGAUUUGCGUGAGGCUGUACGCGCUUCUUUUCCAUUAGUAAGAAUGGUGAAAUUAAUGAAACAGAGAGAAUUAACAAGUUAUACAGAAUAUUUUUGUUUGAUGUUAAUUGAUGAUCAACAAGCUAUUAAAGAUGAAACAACAAAUUUAACUCUUGGAGGAUCACUUCAUUCUUUAGGAACUUAUUAUUAUGAAAGAAAACAAUACGAACAAGCAUUAAAUCAUUUGCAAAAGUCUUUAAAAGUUUAUUUACGUGUUUUACCUGAUGAUGAUGUGAGAUUGACGCCAACUUAUAACAACAUCGGAAGUAUUUAUAAUAAACAAGGUUUACAUGAACAAGCAUUAGAAUAUCAUCGAAAGGCUUAUGAAAUUCAAAAGAAAGCAACCGAUCCUGACAUGGAUUCAGUCUCUGCUUAUGCUGGUAACAUCGCAUCGGUUCUUAUGAAACUUAAAAGAUACAAGGAAGCCAUUAGCUAUCUUGAACUUGAUUUACAAAUUAAACAAAAACUUCAUCCGAAUAAUGAUCAUCCUGAUCUAGCUGCAAAAUAUCAUAAUCUUGCUGCAGCUCAAUAUCGAUUAUGUCAAUAUUCAGAAGCAUUAGAAAAUUAUCAAAAAUGUCUUAAUAUUGAACUAAAAUGUCAUUUAUCUUCAAAUCCGACGGUUUCAGUUACGUAUUAUAACAUGGCAACAACAUUAGAAGAACUUGGACAAUUUCAAGAAGCGAAAGAAGCAGUAGAAAAAGCUAUUACACGUUUACUUUUAACUAAACAAGAAGAUGAUGAAGAAAUAAAAAUGCAAAGAAAAUAUCUUCAACGUUUAGAACAAAAAAUUUGGAUGAAGAGUUUAUUUACUACAACAUAA